UGUAGAAAUUCUUUUAUUGUUUGUUUUGAUUGCUUGUUGUUGGCUAUGGCGACCGCGAGCAAAGCCUACUAAGCAGUGAGCGAGCGGCGCCAGGCCGGCCAGGGUUUCCUCCUCCCAGAUUCUAGGCUAGAAGAGAACAACAGGUCGUCCGAUCGAGGUAUCGCGUCGACAUCGCGCGAGCUCGCGGCGAUCCAGCGCUUUGCGCGACGCAGCGCGGCGGCGUGCAGCGGCGACGCCAGGGAAUUGAAUCCUCGCCCCGCGCAGAUCUAGCGCGGCACGGAUCUGCCAGGUCCGGUGAGUCGAAAUUUCUUGAGCUGGGGUUUUGGUGUGGAGCGAGCGGCCUAGGCGCGGAUUAUCCGAAUUCCUUGUCCGGCAAGCUUGGGCGGCGUGAUCGCGCACGGCUUUUGGGGGAUCAGAUGGUGUGAUGGGGCGAUUUGCCAAGUAGAGGAGGAGGAAAAGGGAAGACGAAGAAGAAUGAAUGAGGAGCGGCGAUGAGAUGAGGCAUGCUGGCGUGGUUAGCCAAGACUGUGGCGGCAUGCUGGCACCCAGUGGAGCGCUAUACUCAUGGAAGUUCGUCAAUGACUGAUCGCAAUGACGCGCUUCUAUGGUACCGGGAUUUGGGGCAGCAUGCGUUUGGGGAGUUUUCCAUCGCGGUGGUGCAGGCAAACGCGCUGCUCGAGGACCAGAGCCAGAUCGAGACGGGGCCUUACGGAACUUUUAUCGGAGUUUAUGAUGGUCACGGAGGUCCUGAGGCCGCGCGCUACGUCAACGAGCAUCUCUUCAAGAACUUCCAGAAGAUUGUCCGAGAGCAGCAAGGGACCAUGUCCAUCGACGUGUUGCGGAAGGCAUUUUUGGCGACCGAGGAAGGAUUUCUAAACCAUGUCGCGGGCUUGUGGGACGUCAAGCCGCAGACCGCCGGCGUUGGGACGUGCUGCCUGGUGGGAGUCCUGUGGGGAGGAAUGCUCUACGUUGCCAACGUUGGCGACUCUCGAGCAGUGAUUGGAACGUCGCGCAGUAGAAGCAGCCACGCGGAGGUGGGCGCUGGCCAGCUUUCCGUGGAACACAAUGCAAGCUCCGAGGCCAUACGACACGAGCUCAAGUCCAUGCACCCCGAUGACCCUCAGAUCGUCAUGCUCAAGCACGGAGUGUGGCGAGUCAAGGGAAUCAUCCAGGUGUCGAGAUCCAUCGGCGACUUCUACCUCAAGAAGCAAGAGUAUAACCGGGAGCCUUUGAAUCCUCGCCUCCGCCUCAGCGAGCCUCUGCGUCGGCCCGUGCUGACCGCGGAGCCAUCGGUGAAUGUCCACGUCGUCCAGUCCAUGGAUCGUUUCCUGAUCUUCGCGUCCGACGGGCUGUGGGAACAUCUGAGCAACCAGGAGGCCGUGGACAUUGUCCAAAACCAUCCUCGCUCGGGAAUCGCGAGACGACUGAUCAAAGCCGCGUUACAGGAGGCGGCCAGAAAGCGUGAAAUGCGAUACUCAGACCUGAAGAAGAUCGACAGAGGGAUCCGGAGGCAUUUUCACGACGACAUAACCGUCGUGGUGAUCUUCCUGGAUCACGACUUGAUCAGCAGAGGGGCGAGCAUUAGUCCCAUGUCAAUAAGAGGCGGUGUGGAUACUCUGGAAGCGGUGGGCAGCACUGAGAGAGUUGCCUCGAGGAUGUAAUUUACUCUGGUCUGGACAUUUUUGUAGUGAUGGAUCAUUAACUGGUUCGCCACUUUGAUACUUGGAAAUGAAUUCAAUCCAAAAAGCUUCGUC